CACACUGGCUCGCGCGCUGGCAUUGGUCAGUAGAAGUUGACGGUUUCGAACGACCGUUUCGAUUGUAACCGCGAUUGCAGCUGGUGGGACGCAUGCCCGUUCAAGAGUUUGGGGCUGUCCGGGCGAAGUUUUCUGGCACGUUUGUUUUUUUGUUCAACUGAAAACUUGGCAUGGAGGACAUUCCAAGCAUUGAAGAGUUAAGGGCCCAGGAGAUUGACGAAAUCUGUGUAAUAGUCCGAAGUAAGGUGGAACUGCUUGCACAGGUUUGGGCAGAGGUGGGCAUAGACUAUGAGCCCACACGGAGCAGGCUUGUGCGCACCAGGGUUCACAUCACGAACCUGCUCGACCAAAUGGUGGACGGCGAGGUUGACAUGAAAGAGAGGCUGCUGAAAAACAUAGAGCAGUUUACAGCCGAUGUUCACCACCUAUGCACAGAGCUCUCAAUGCCGAACCCUGAGUUCCCAGAGUCCCUGACCAUCCUUGAAAGAGAGAACGCCACCAGGGAAAGUCUGGAGCACUUGAAGGAGAUAAGGAACAAUCGCAGGCGUGAGCGGAAAAAGCUCAAGGCGAAGGAGUCCGAGCUGUGUGCCAAGCUUGGCAUGCCGACCCUGAACCUCUGCAGCGUCUCUGUUCCAUCAGAAAAAGACCUUCGGGAUCUGGAGAAGCGCAUUGAAACUCUGGAGCAGGAGAAGGCUGUUCGUGCGUGCACAAUUUCCCUGCUUAGGAAGGAUAUCAUUGCGAAACUGAACCUGCUUGACGAGCAGCCCCGAGCUCAUCUGGAAGUCCAGGUCAUCAAAAACGAGGAAGGCUUCAUUUUUUCAAAGAGCAACAUUGAUGAACUCAAGGCUUACCUUGAUCGACUCAAGCAGCUCGAAGAGGCCCGCCGUCGAGAGCUGGCCAGCCUGCUGGACCAGCUGGCAUUAUUUUUCGACAGACUGGACAUCCCGCCCGAGGAGCAAGAUCGCAUUCGUAGCUCUAAUACGGGCCUAACGUCUUCGACUCUGGCUGCACUGCGAGCCACUCUAGCCGACUACGAGCAGCAAAAGAAGGAGCGCCUGCGGGAGUUUGUCACACGAGCCAAGGAUGAUUUGCUCACGUGGUACAAGAAGUGCUGCGUACCACAAAGCCGGGUGUACCUGGAUGAUGAGGACUCGGAAGACAUCUCUGAGGAACGGCUGGCCCUGCUGGAGGAGCAGCUGAAGGCCCUGAAGGAGUUUUACUCUGAGAACAAGCUCAUCAUAGCCAAGGCAGAGCGCCACGAAGCCCUCUGGUCCAGGUCUCUUGAGCUGGAGAAGCUUGCCUCUGACCCAUCGCGUCUGACCAACAGAGGAGGGCGCCUCCUGCUGGAGUCCAAGGAGAGGCAGCGGCUCCAGGUGGAGAUUCCCCGGCUGCGAAAGGAAAUUGAAAAGUUCAUUGCAACCUACAGCGGAUCCAACAAGAUCUUUGAUGUGUGGGGCAAGGACUUCCUUGAGCACCUGGAUGCACAACAGCAAGCUCAUGCACAAGAGAAGGAACGGGUGCGCCUCGAAAGGGAGAGCCGUCGCAAGGCUACACCUUCGGUCUUAGGCAGCAGCAAGAGGGCGUACUGUGGCACCCCCUCCAGCAGUGCCUCCAAAAUGUCCCGGCUUGGAACCAGCAGUGCCACUCUUGCCUGCUCCAGCAGGCGCCUGGGCACCCCAGGGAAGAGCACCCGGUCUGCGCAGGGCGGCACACCAUCUGCUGCAGCUGCUGCGAGGAACAUCCGGCGGCGCUCAAUAAAAGCACAGCAGAAGAAACUGGCCUCCGGACGACAACUGUUCCGCAACAAAGGAGCCAAUGAGGCUGGACCAUCCACCAGCACAAGUGCGCCUGUUGGUGAAGUGACGAACAUGGACAGCUUUGCUCAAUUCCUGGCGCAGCAGAAUGAGAAGCAGCUGACGAGCAGCGUCCUCUGCGAGGCGCCGGGGUCGCUGCCACCGGGAACUGCCAGAAAAGUCGUCCAACUGGACGUCACUCUCACUGACAAUGCGCCUUCCUCAUGAACAGCUGUGGGUUUGUAGGGUGUACAUGCAGCAUUUUCUGUGCUUGUUACACGAUUCUGCAGCAUUGACCUUUAUUGCUGAAGCCAGUCUCAUUUUAACAUAAAAUAUACCUGUGCAGUUUUGAUUGCUUUUAAACUUGUGUAUUGUUUGUGUACGACAUUUGUGCCUACUAAAGGCAAGAAGAACAGGAAGAGAGAAGCUUGUGUUGAGAAAUUCGUAAACAAGUGGUGGAUGCCGGAGCUGAUGUUUCGAGUAAUGGAGUUGGUCUUUUUCAAGGUUGCAACAGAUUUCCUCAGCAUUUGUGUGUGCAUGCUUGGCACUAUCUCCUCCAGUUCAAACAAAGGAGAGGGCAACUACAAAAGUGGGGGGCAAGGAGAGGCCACAGUGUUAAAUUGGGUGAGGCUAAGGAAGAAGGUAACCUGUGGAAAAAAAAAAAAAUGGGGGAGGGGGGGGGUGCACUUGUCACUGAAUUAUGGUUUCUGUGUGUAUGCAGCAUAUUGCAUGGACUCGACAGCCCCCUUUUGAAACAUUUAUACCUGCUGGCUGGAGUGUAUUAAACAUGUCAAUAAGGUAUGAAUAUAUAUUUUCCGCCUCUUGGGUGGGAACUAGACCUAACUUCGAUGACCUCAGACUUUACAUACUGCAGUCGAACUUUAUACUUCAGCCCCCCACUUUUGUAGUUGCCCUCUCCUUUGUUUGGAAUGGACGAGAGAGUGCCAAGCAUGCACACACAAUUGCUGAGGAAAUCUGUUGCAACCUUGAAAAACACCAAGUCCUCUAACCGAAACUUCGGCUCCAGCAUCCACCACCUGUUUACGAAUUAUGAUCACAUCUAUGCAUUGUCCCCUGAUGGAAAGUAAUGCUGAAGUCUCACAGUGUAAACAUAUGUGCAUAUGUAUGAAGGCACAAAUGCUUUUUUGUGUGAUUUAUUUCACUUGGAAGGCUAUGGCAAGUUAAUUCUUAAACAUAUUUUACAACUGAACAAGGAUCUUUGUCCUGAAGCCGUUCGAUGAAAUAAUGUUUCUUAUCUAGCAGGCCUUUUAUGAAAAAGCUGUUGCAAUAGGCAUGUUAAAAAAUAUUUCUACAAAACUGAAGCCACUGUUUGCAAAGUGGCUGAUUGCCAUGGCAAACUCGCACUGUAAAAUGCAAAAAGUGAUUACCAGAGUUAUUUUGCUAGUAAAAUUAUAUCAACAGUGUCAGCUAUGAAAUCGUAACUGCUCUAUGUCUGUUUUGGGACAGCUAAAGCUAUCGGUUGACGAGUCUUUGCCAUGCCAUCUGAGUUUUAAUAUAGGCCUUCUUGUUUAUCAUUGCAACUUUUCUAAUUAAACCUGUGCUGAUACUGUGAAAGAUCAGUGCUUUGGUUUUCGAAUGAACUGUCUCAUGGAAAUGUGUGUGUGAACAGUUCUUUAUGCAGGCUUUUGCUUUUAGAAUUUCAAAUAGGCCAGCUUUCUGUAUCUACCUGAUAAUAUACAGACCCUGCCUUGUAAAAAACCCUUGUACAUAUUUUCUCAACAGUAUUUUUCAUCAUUUUUAACCAUGACGGCGAUUCAAUAACCAGGAGCUGCAGCCUGGUGUUUAGUUGCAACCUGGUAUGACUCUAUGUACAAUAAAAGUAUUUUUUUGUUUUAA